UCGACGGGGUUCCGAUGAUCGAUCAGUGGGGACAAAUCUCGAGAUUUUACCGAUGUAAGAUCUAUCUGUUUCCCCUUCUUCGAGGAUUGAGCUGACCACCGCCACGCCGUUCGGACUCAUUGGAUAACGGAGAUCAAAUACGAACGUCAGUCGAGUGCACGAUGCCGUCGUUGAGAACGUUUCGCGUGGAUUUCGAUCGAAUGGGUGCCACGUACAUGGCCGGUGAAACCAUAACGGGGACCAUCGUCGUCGAGAAUACGAAAGAGAAGAGCGUGAAAGGGCUGUAUUUAUCUGCCAAAGGGGAGGCCAGAGUACGGUGGGUGGAAAAGAAGACAGAACACAAUCGUACUCGCCGCGACACUUACUACAAUUCGCAGAAGUACUUCAAGUACAGGUUCAACAUACUGAAUAGCAACAAUGAUUCAAGAGUACAAAUCCCAGUGGGAUACCACAAGUACUCGUUCCAGUUUCAACUACCCCAAAACAUCCCCACCAGCUUCGAGCACAUGUAUGGUCACAUAAGAUACACGGUGAAGGUAGUGAUCGACAGACCAUGGAGGUUCGAUCACGAGUGCAAGGCGGCGUUCACCGUGGUCUCCAUGCUGGAUCUGAACGCGCACCGGCACAAAUGCCUAGGAAUCGACGACGAGAUUAAGAAAAAUUUCUACAACUGCUGUUGCAUCUCCGCGGGCACGGCAAAUAUCCGCAUCAGAGUUCCCUCCACUGGAUACGUUCCAGGGCAGUCGAUAGUCACCACGCUGGACUACUCGAACUCGUCCAAGAUCAGGAUAAUUAGGUUCAGCACGCACUUACUACGAGAAAUUAAAUUUCACGCGAUCACCGGCAAAACAAAGAUCGAAUGUUCCGAAAUAGCGACCGCCAACUACAGGGAGUGCACUACCAACCAGGGACAAGACAUUUUAGAGUUCCGGGUACCCCCGAUACCACCGUCCAGCCUGGAACAUUGCAACAUCAUAGACUUGAACUACAAAUUGAGAUUCGUCAUCCACGUUUCGGGACCGCACUUCAAUCUCGUCAGGACGUAUCCCCUUUUGAUCGGAUCGGUGCCAUUACUCUGCUCGCUAACCGUGGCUCACAUCAACCCUGCAACAGUUCCGAUGCCUACGCAAAUCGGGCAACCUUAUACAACAAACAAUGAACAGUCAAGCACGGAUUUGCUCCCUGCGCCGCGUCAGCCUCUUGGAUUUAUUAUUCCGGGCCAAGCGGCCAGUUCGUCCAACGACUGGCAAAUACCGCCUCCGUCCUACGAAGAAUGCAUUACAGGAGCUGAGCACAUCAAGGAUCACGAUGAAUCGGACUUCGUGCACGGUGCCAACACUCCCUUCGCGCCUAGGUAUCCUGUGUUCGAUUAUCCAACGCCAAGAAUAGAGAGUUAGUGAAUGGAAAGCUUAAAAAACGGGAGAUUUGUACGGAAAUUACGAGGAUCGAACGCGAGGAUGGAUUUAUUCCAGAAGAUCGUGCAUUUGAAGAUGCCUCGACUACUGUACUUGUACUUCUAUCUGCUUACUUAGAUACGAAUCUAAACACAGUUUUUACUUGUACGUACAAUCGUAUAAACGUAUUUGUAUUUUCACAAACCAUUAAACGUUUACCUUG